CAUGACCAUGUCAAAGAGAUGGGGGCAGUGAUUGCAGGGUCAAACAGCAUUGCUAACGACUCGCCUGCAGCAGGUUCCCCUCCGGCUGUAGUCUUCUCCUCGAACUCUCCAGAUACAAACGUUUUAGCAUUAUAUCCACUGAGCAUAAGACCCUGGAAUGUUGAGUCUUUAGAUUCGACCAAUAACAGUCCUAUAGCAUUGGUCCAAGGAGUUGCCAGAGCAACAGACAAAAUGAAGAGGGUGAUGCAGGAAAAAAAACAGCGGGAACGAUUUCGAAUGGACCAGGACAGAAGGGAAACAGAUAUUAGAAUCAGAAGAAAUAGAGAGACGAGAGAAAGAGAAAGAGGGGAGAUAAGAUCUAAUGGAUGGAGAGAAUGGCAAGAGGCAGUUCCUGGAUCUUUGUGCUCAUGCAGCCUUAAUGAGUUUUUAGGAGACAUCAUUUGCAGAGGAUGUGGCAGACAGAGAUACUUAGGAAGAGAUGGUGUUAUUACCAAUACAGAAGAAAAUUUUGAUCAACGUUCUGGUCAAUCUGACGGCUCAGUGAGGAACACAAGCAAUCGCAGCUCUCUGCUUGAUAUGAAACGAAGACUGGAAGAAGCGAGCGCCAUAGUGGAAAGAGUGCUGAGGGAGAGAGAAAGGGAAGAGUUUGGUCAGGAAAAGAAAAGAAAAGAGCAAGAAAUGCGAGCAGAAAGGGCACGUAAGAAGAGAGAAAGAUAGGCAAGAGAGCUCCAGGAAGUCGACGUGUGGCCUCAGCACAAUUUUCCUGUACUUCUGUGUCACUUUGAUGAGC